CCGACACUACCGGCUGCACUGAUUGCAGGAAAGGUGGUUCCUGUCCGUGCUUUUCGUGUGCGGUGGUUGUGCGGGUCUGUGAUCAUGUAUCCAAUUUUAUUUGUUCUAGCGUGCAUGACAACGGUGGUCAAAUGCUCGGAUAAAGUCUUCCUCCCCCUAGUUCCGGAAGCAGUAAAAUUUACUUCUGGCGAUGCUAUCAAGUCUUCUCAGUUGGCCGACGUCCUCUCAGGCAUUAUGGGGUAUUCAGUAAGGACGGACGACCCCUGGAAUGCAUUAGCCCCCGUUUUACCAUUCCAAUCACCACGCACAGCUGUCAUUCUGGACCUCGAUGGAUACGACCCAGACACAGUACUUGAUGUCUCCGGUCCAAACUUCCCCCUGGAAAAUAAUGUUGAUCCAGAAGACCAAUUUCAAAUCCUCAUGGAAAGAACAAGUAAGCGGUUCUCUGACAAGGGCCCUGUGGUAUUCUACAUGAAAACAGGAGAGCAGCUAUAUGACCACAAGAGGGCUUAUCCAGAUUUGCUGCUGUCUGUGUCCCCAGAGGCAGACACUCGUCUCAGCGAGUCUACAAAAGAUUCCGACUUGGGCAAGGCUGUGCAUGAUGGUAUUUUCAAUUGCAGCCUUUCUGGAGAUGAUCGGUUUCUGACCGAGCUAUACACUGCUAUUAAGGUCAUUGAAGAGGUUGGAAAGCAGACACAAAAAGGUGCAGCUCCCACAAUAGUUUGGCUGAAGCUGGAAGGCUUGAGGGGAAUUGUCGAUCGUUACUUGGAGGAGUCCUAUCAGGCAUCGCAUGCACAGAGAUUGAUAAGGACAUUAAUUGACCGGGCAAAGAAGAUCCUCAGCCAAAGCCAUAACCAAAGAGCUGUCCUGAUGGUAAUCACACAGAAUGAUAAAAAUGCGGCAUUGAUUCGAAAGGGCAGGUCACUACUUCAGGAACCUGUGCAGUUAUCUGAGGAAUCGCUACGUUUUCAAGAGCAACGACUCAUGGCAGCAGCGGAGUGGAACCUCGCUGUGGACACAGACCCAGACUUUCACGUCUCUUUUGCUUUGCUGGCUUUUGUCAGCAUCUCUCUGAUUCUCAUGGUGUUUGGCAUCAGCGUAGGCCUUUGGUUCAUCGACCCGGGAAGGGAUUCCAUCAUUUAUCGGUUGACACUGCAGCGCGUCAAGAGGGAUUGAAUGUGAAAAUUGUGUGUAUUUAAUGUACAUGUUGUGAGUCUUGACUAUGAGUGAAUGUUCAAGAAAUUCCUGGAUGUGGAAAUCAAGUUCAGUACAUGUACAGUAGAACGUGCUUGGUGUAUUAACUAAGGUACCCUUGCUUUGACAUUUAUUUAUGUUGGUUGAUAUAGCAGCGGUCUGUCCCUGUGUCAUUAGACCACAAAUGGUUAGCUAUCGGACAGCACACACAAAAUGGAACUGCGAAGGUUUUAAUGCUGGUGUUUAUGUGCAUCUUGCACUGUUAUAUUAUUAAUUUAGGAUUAGCUGUCUGGUUGCUGCACAGUUGAGGGUAGUAAUGAAUUAGGCCAAUUUUUGCAUUCUAAUAUUGAGCAACAAACUAUUGUAGCAAAUAUUUACGAAACUCCUUUCAUUCUCCAGUAUUAUUACACAGCAGAAGCAAGUUAGCAUGUGCAGACAGGUGUGUAUAUGCACAAGGAUGGCAUGUUCUGCAACAUUCACAUUGGCCAAACAAUUGGCUUUUUUGUAUAGUCCAUAGCAGUCUAGUCAGCUGCAUCAGAACAUCAGACAAUGUCUGAGGGGAUCAGCUAGAUCUCUUUCUCUCCCUCUCCCUUUUUUUCUUAAUGUAUGCAUUUCAUCUGCUUAACAAUCUUUGUAAAUAAAAUUGUUUGGGCCUGUA